CAUGAAGAGGAAACGGUGGAGGGAAAUCCAAUGCAAAUAUAUAUUACCUGUAAAACCCCGUAGACAUUUCCCGCCAUCUACCCUUUUCACCUCUCUCUCUCUCUCUCUCUCCCCCCUUCAAUGGUGAAGACUAGAACCGCUGCGAAACCCUCACCUACAGAUGCCGAACCUGAAAACACCGAUAACCUAGAAGUCAUCUCAAUCGGUUCACUCUACAAUGGACCAUGGGACAAGAAGUACUGGAGCAGUUCUAGGGAAAAAGAUCGAUAUCCAUAUCCAGUUGGCUACAUAGCUGUUAGAGCUCAUAAUGGGACGACUUAUAAGAUGGAAAUUCUUGAAGGCGUUAACGGGCCUAAAUUUCUGAUUUCUUCUGAUGAUGGGAGUUCAGCUUCUGGGAAAACUCCAGACUUUGCGUGGGAGGAAUUUCAGAAGAAAGGUUGCCCCCGCAUGAAGAUUUGGCACGGGAAGAGACUUUCGUCUAAGAUGGAUGGCUUUGAGCUUUUUGGGUUCAAAAACCAGUUUAUUCAGAGGUUGCUUCGCGAACUAGUGGCAGAUAUAAAUGGAAUAGAAGAACGAAGCUUAGUAUCCUCAAACUUCUGUAAUGUGGUUUCUAAAGCAGAGCAUGAUGAUGGCUGCCAUAUUGUAGGCACAAGUCCUGAUUUAUUAAUUUCCUUGGGAAGAUCACAUGUUACAGGGAAGAGAAGUAGAUGUGAACUGAAAAGUAAAAAGUUAAAUGGAGGAUCUAGACCUCGAUCUCUAGAACUUGCAUGUAGUAGAGCUUCAGAUGUAAAGAACAAGAGAACUCUUGGUCAAGGGAGUUCUACAGCGCACAAUGGUUCAGAAGACGAGGAUGUUGCCCACAAUCAAAUAGAUGUAUCACCUUCACUGCAAAUAAUGUCCUCUGUUUGUAAAAGAAGUAAUUGCAUUUCAUCCCAAAAUGGUCUGCUAUUGAAUCCUAUUGACAUCUCUGAGGACAAAAAAGGGGAGGCUGUAACUUCGGAGAGACAGACGGAGCUUCUAUACUCUGCAAAUCACAAUACUAUAGAAAUAACUGAAAACUUGUCUACAGAAAAACUGCUUCCUAGGUCACAUGAUGUGGAGAUGAAAAUGUCAAGUUUGUUGGUUACAGCAGAAGAUGACAAAGUGAUGCAGUCAUGUUCUAAAGAGUCUCAGGGUUGUAUUGGCGUUGAUCUUUGUGCACCCGAUACACUAGAUUCAUUAGAAAAUACCUCUGAUUCUGCGCCAAGUAGUCUGGAUAAGAAUACUUAUAGUGAGCCAGCAUGUGAGGUCACCUCUGAAGAUUUGUUGAAUUCAAAACAUGAAUACGUGCGUACAUCUGAUUCAAAUCCAAGCUCUGAGAAAAAUAAUUUUAGUUCAGCUGGCCAAGAUAUGGCAAAGUCAAUGAUGUCACUUUUGCUUCCUCAAGCUGUUCCUUUACUGAGGAAUGCCUCAACAGAUGAGAAGUUUACUCUUAUCCCUUCAGAUAUAUUGCCUUCUAUGGUAACUAUCUCUAAGGAAGAACAUAAUGAAGUUGGAUGUGCUUUGGAUGUACCAUCAUCUGAUAAAAUGGUAACAGAGGAUGCAUAUAAGGAACAAGGUGAAAAGAUACAUAGGCCCAAUACUGACCCAUGUUCAAAUUCUCCUAAUACUGAACAUAUGAAGUCUAUUGUUCUUGAUAGUUUCGAGUAUAGUCAAGGCGAGGAUCUCAAAAACUCAGAAUUCUUAUCUUUUGAUAUUGCUGAGGCUGGUAUAUCUAAUUUCAGUAAAGAAACGUGUUGUCCAAAAAGUCAAGAACAGCUUCUUGGUGAUUUGCCAAAUGGACCAUCAACAUGCUGUGCUUCAGAGUUGGGCUUUAAAAACAGGCCUUGUGAUUAUGAUUUAUGUGUUCCUGAUUCCGUUCUGGACGACAUGUCUGAGGAUAGGAUUAUGGAACAAAGCAUUGAUGUGUGCUUGGAUUUGAAAGAAAAUCCAGUGAAUGUUAGAUUCAAUUCAAAGCAAAAUGACCUGUCAACUACACAGGAUUAUACUGGAGGUAUUAGUAAUGCAUCCUCAGAAGUUAAACCAAAGAUUUGUCAUAUAAAAAACAUGGAAACCCUCGCAGAAAAGACACUAGAUGAAGCUGUUGGUAAAACGGACAAUGCUAAAACAAUGAUUAUGUCUUCUCAGUUACCAACUUUAGUAUACACCAGAAGAAAGCGCCGUAAUUCUGUUACUCUCCAAGGAAAUUGUUCUACUGUGGAAAGUACAGAAUGUGACAAGAUCAAACUAGUUACUCCACAAAUGCAUACUGCCAUAUGCACCCCUCCCUCAGAAACUAUUCAAACAAAAAAAUUAAAUGAUAAACUGUGUGAACCAGACAAUUCUGCAGGCUUAAUAGUAGAAACACCUCAAGCUCACAGUCACAUUCCAGAUGUACAAAGCAACCGAGUGGAACUAAACACUUCAUCUCAGAAUCCAAAUCCAUUUUCCUGUGAAAAUAAGUGCUCUGGUGACAAGGAGGUUCAGUUUAUUCCAGAGCCAAUGACUCAAAGAAACUGUGAACUCAAGAAUAAUCUGAACAGUAAUGUAAAGUUUGUGGGGCGCUACAUGCACCCAAUGCCUGUUUCAUCAUUACUUAUAAGAACAAGAGAAGAUGAAAUCCACAUUUGUGUUAUAUGUGGCCUUCUGAUGAGUCAACAAAGAACCCUGUUUACCUACAAGGUUGCUAUCAAGGAAUCAAAUUUUGGGUUCCCCUCUGUCAUGGCUCACAGCCCAAUAAUUUUGCCAGAUCCAAAUCAUAACUUCAUAAGAGAAACUAUGGUUGAAAGCACUGGGGUGGAGUUGACUCCUGAUGGACAAUAUAUUGUCUUAAUAGGCAGCAUAAGAACCCCCAAUUGCAGGGAAGGAAAAAUUGAUUGUUGUUGCUCAACAUGCACAUCAGUCUGUUCCGAGAAGAGUGCUUUGAAGAUUGUUCAUGUACAAUGUGGUUAUGUAUCACUUAUGGCAACACUGGAAGUUAUUGAUGAUGUACAUUGUAUUUUGGUUUGUGAACCUAACCGACUUGUUUCUGUUGGAGAGAGUGGGAGACUACACGUGUGGGUCAUGAAUUCAACAUGGAGUGAAAUGGUAGAGUACUUCAUCAUUCCGCCUGAUGGUUCCAUGUCACCUGGCAUUGUGGAAUUGAAGAAGGUUCCAAAGUGUGCUCAUUUGGUUGUCGGCCGAAACAUUUGUGGGGAAUUUAGUUUAUGGGAUAUUACAAAGCUCAAUUGUGUUUCAAGCUUCUCUGCUUCAAAAUAUCCAAUUAACGAGUUCUCUCCUAUCAGCCUGUUCCAUUUGCAAAGAAAAGACGUGGGGUUCAGCUAUGCUAGUAUAGAGGAGAAGGCUGAAAAACUUUUAGAAGCAACCAAGUUGUGGCACUCAGAGCAAAGAGAGACGUCUGUGUUUCUACCAUCCCAAGAUGUUGCUAUAUGGUUUCUUGUCUCGACUCCCUCAGAUGUUGAUUGUUGCCAGAAUCAUGUUUCAACUUCAAGUCAUCAUGAUGUACAUUCAGCUAGAAGUUGGAGGCUUGCUCUUUUGGUGGAAAAUAGCAUAGUUUUUGGAAGUCCCUUGGAUCCUAGGGCCACUGCUAUUGGUGUCUCAGGUGGUUAUGGAAUCAGCAGCACAAGUGACGGUGUGGUGUAUACGUGGGAAUUGUCUAGAGGAUCCAAGGUUGAUACUCUACACCGUUUUGAGGAUGGCACUGUCACAAGUCUUGCCACGGAUGAAUCAAAUUCAAAUUCAAGAGGUGCCGUGGGAGUUGCUGGUGAUGGAGGGCAACUGCUGCUUUAUCUCCAUCUUUAUGAACGGGACUCAAACAAAUAGAGACAUGAUAGUGUUAAUUUCUAAUCGA